UAUAUAUAUAUAUAGGCUAUUGUAUAAUUUUGUAUAUUUCAUUUUUAACAAUGGGAUUAGGCUUUGGAUUCAGAUGUUUACAGAUAUUACUUGUUAUAUUGAAUAUUGGCGUUUUUAUCUGUGGUAUUGUACUCAUUUCAGCUGGAUCCUAUGCCUUGAAUUCUGUGGUUAAUCAUUGGAAAGAUGUAGAACCUCCACUUCAAUACCUGAUUAUUUUUGUCAUUACACUUGGAUGCAUAAUUCUGAUUCUUGGAGCAAUAGGCCUACUUGGUGCAUGUACAAAAAGUGUUUGUCUGUUAGCAACGUAUUGUGUUCUCCUUGUGAUCUUAAUUAUAUGCCAGAUAACAGCAGGAACAAUUGCAGUGAUACAUAAGCCAAAGGCUAAACAAAAAAUUACUGAUACUUUGAGAGCACUUAUAAGACGCUUUUAUUCUGAUAGUCGUGUAAAAGCGGUCGUGGAUGAAAUUCAACAGAAGUUGAAAUGUUGCGGUGCCAGAUCAUCCUCUGACUAUGAAACAACGCCGAACUCAUGUUAUGAUGGUGACAAGUUAUUUAAAAAGGGAUGUGUUGAAAAGCUCAGUGAAUUGGCUAAAAAGAAUAUGAAUACAAUUACAAUCUGUGUAUUCCUUUUUGCAUUCUUUCAAACAAUCUGUCUAUUAUUCGCAAUCUGUGCUAUUGUAGCCAUAAGACAAGACGAUUGAGUUCAAACAGCAGCCAUUGAAGUAAAAUAUUAACGUAUAUAAUUUGAAUUAUAAUGCACUUUUCUAAUUCAUCUACACUGUCCACAUUCUCCUUGGAUUUACACUCCCAAAUCUUCUUCAAUAAUCCGUGUAACAUUACAACACUUUGUUUACCUAUGUGAUUGUCUUCUUUUCCUAUCUUGAAUGUAUCCUGGGAGCUGUUGAAUUUUG